UGGUGACAUAGAAGAGAGCGUUGCGGAGUUGAGGGAGAGCCCAAAUUGCCUGCAUGCGUGGUGGUGCCGAUUCUCCAUCUCGACUUGCUCAUCAGAGGAAUAAUAGUUCUCGCAGCAGUUUUACCGAAUAUAUUCCCAAAUUUCCAUCAUGGCCGCCACCAAGGCAAAGGCUGCUCCAGCCGCUAAGGAUGGAGUAAAAAAGGACAAAUCCAAGAACCCCAUGCGAGAUGUGAGGAUUCGCAAAUUGUGCCUCAACAUUUGCGUUGGAGAAUCCGGAGAUAGAUUGACUCGUGCCGCUAAGGUGUUGGAACAACUCACCGGACAACAACCCCUGUUUAGUAAGGCUCGAUACACUGUCAGAUCCUUUGGAAUUCGAAGGAACGAAAAGAUUGCUGUCCAUUGCACUGUCCGAGGAGCCAAGGCAGAGGAGAUCUUGGAGAAGGGAUUGAAAGUCAGAGAAUACGAGUUGAGGAAGGAUAACUUUUCCGAUACUGGAAACUUUGGCUUUGGUAUCCAAGAACAUAUUGAUUUGGGCAUCAAAUACGACCCUAGCAUCGGUAUCUACGGUCUAGAUUACUACGUCGUCUUGGGUAGACCUGGCUUCAACGUGUGUCACAGGCGACAGCGGACCGGGAAGGUCGGAUUUGGUCACAGGCUUACGAAAGAGGAUGCCAUGAAAUGGUUUCAACAGAAAUAUGACGGUAUCAUUCUAUCCGGGAAAGCCAAGAAGUGAGAGGAAUCUGUCGGAUAUGCUAUCUACAAAAUCUUUUUAUUCUUUGUUGUUUGGCAGUGACCUCACUCGAAUAAACAUUCGUAAAAAAACUUAUACCGCA